CAUCGCUUCCAAUGGCUUCCGCCUUCUUCUUCGCUCCGACAAAGGCCAUCUCUUCCUCUUCCAGCAUGCUAAGAUGCGCCUUGUUCAAUCCAGCAGGCGAAAGUCGGCGGCGUGACUCUGUCAAAGCCGGCGUUGCCACUGAGUCGCCUCCGUCCGUCAUCAACGACCUAGUCGCGCCGCCGGUCGUACCCUCUGAGCCCGUCGUCACCGGACGUGGCGCCGGCAAGCUCGCCGCGUGGAGGAGCAUCCGGAAGGAGCGGUGGCAGGGCGAGAUGGCCGUCGAGGGAGACAUCCCACUCUGGCUGGAUGGCACGUACUUACGGAACGGCCCUGGCUUGUGGAACAUCGGCGACUACGACUUCCGGCACCUGUUCGACGGCUACGCCACGCUGGUCCGCGUCAGGUUCGGGCAGGGCCGCGCGGUGGCGGCGCACCGCCAAAUCGAGUCGGAGGCGUACAAGGCGGCGAAGAAGAACCGGCGCCUCUGCUAUCGCGAGUUCUCCGAGGUGCCCAAGCCGGACAGCUUCCUCUCCUACGUGGGCGAGCUCGCCAGCCUCUUCUCCGGCGCGUCGCUCACCGACAACUCAAACACCGGUGUCGUCGUACUCGGCGACGGCCGCGUCGUCUGCCUCACCGAGACCAUCAAGGGGUCCAUCCAGAUCGACCCAGACACGCUGGAGACUCUUGGGCGGUUCGAGUACGAGGACAAGCUCGGCGGCCUCAUCCACUCCGCCCACCCCAUCGUGACCGAGUCGGAGUUCCUGACGCUGCUGCCGGACCUACUCCGGCCGGGCUACCUGGUGGUGCGGAUGGAGGCGGGGAGCAACGAGCGCAAAGUGUUGGGCCGCGUCAACUGCCGCGACUCCGUGCCGGCGCCAGGUUGGGUCCACUCCUUCGCCGCCACCGACCACUACGUGGUCGUGCCGGAGAUGCCCCUGAGGUACUGCGUCCAGAACCUACUCCGCGCCGAGCCUACCCCGCUCUACAAGUUCGAGUGGCACCCGGAUUCCGGAAGCUACGUCCACAUCAUGUCCAAAGCCACCGGAAACAUUGUGGCAAGCGUCGAGGUCCCUCCUUUCGUGACCUUCCAUUUCAUCAACGCGUACGAGGAGGUCGACUCGGAGGGAAGGAUCACCGGAAUCAUAGCCGACUGCUGCGAGCACAACGCAAACGCCGACAUCCUCGAGCUGCUUCGCCUGCAGAAUUUGAGAUCAUCCGCCGGCCUCGAUGUCUUGCCCGACGCAAGGGUGGGAAGGUUCAGAAUUCCAUUAGACGGCAGCCCAAAAGGGGAGCUGGAAGCGGCACUGGACCCAGAGGAGCACGGCAGGGGAAUGGACAUGUGCAGCAUCAACCCGGCCUACCUCGGCAAGAAGUACAGAUACGCCUACGCCUGCGGAGCCAAUCGCCCCUGCAACUUCCCCAACACCCUCACCAAGAUCGAUUUGGUGGAGAAGAAGGCGAAGAACUGGCACGAGGAAGGUGCGGUGCCAUCGGAGCCGUUCUUCGUGGCACGGCCAGGCGCCACUGAGGAAGAUGAUGGGGUGGCGAUCUCCAUCGUGAGUGACAAGAACGGAGAAGGGUACGCGUUGGUGCUGGACGGCAGCAGCUUUGAGGAGGUAGCACGAGCCAAAUUCCCCUACGGACUUCCCUAUGGCUUGCACGGAUGUUGGGUUCCAAACAAGUAGAGUAACCCGACGACCUGCAUGCUGUCCGUAGAUUGUGGCUGUAAGAAUACUGGGAAACAGCAAUAAGGCACUCCACCUGCUGUAUACCGUAUGAAUACAUUAGAAACAAGGAACAAUAAUGUGCUGACUGCCAUUUGAAUGAAUUCGUCAGUGCACUGAGUGUAGUGGAAGAAUUGGUUCAGGUUUCUUACAGGGUACACAAAUUGCAGCAUUUCGUUGCAGGGUAGGGAAUAUUGGUUGUGUGGAUGUGGAAAUCUGUAUAGACGACCCAGCCUUUUUAAUGAAGAUAAAUAAUAGUAUUUGGUUUUCAGGUGUUAA